AGUGAGGUAGAAAUUAUCCUCAUACCACGGAAAGACUGCCUUGGUGAAAAUGAGUGGUUACAUCUUGUUCCUCGCCUUCUUUGGCUUUGUCCAUGGACAGACACGUCUUGGUUCAUACAAUUUGGAUUCCGCCAUCUCAGUGUCUGGAUUAUCAUCAGGAUCAUAUAUGGCUAAUCAGUUCCAUGUUGCUCAGUCUAAGAAGAUCAUUGGAGCAGCUCUCUUUGCUGGAGGACCUUAUUACUGUGCAUCCGGAAGUAUGGCCUCCGCAACCACUACCUGCAUGUUAUUCGCCAACAGUAUCAAUAUGAAUAACCUCUUCUCCAAGGCUGAGAGUUAUGCGAGCAGCUCCCUCAUUGAUCCUUUAUCAAACCUCCAAAAUGAUAAAGUCUUCAUCUUUUCUGGAACUAAGGAUUCUGUAGUGGCUCCUGGUGUGGUGAAGAGACAGGAGGAGUUUUACCGAAGAUACACUAAUGCUGAAAACAUUAAGACUGUCUACGAUAUAGUAGCACAGCAUGGCAUGCCUACUGAUUUUUACGGAGGGGCCUGCGGAACCACCAAUCUCCAAUACAUCAACAACUGCAAUUACAAUGGUGCCUACGAGGGUUUGAACCACAUCUAUGGUGGGCUCCAGAAACCAAGCCCUGGAGCAGCUCUUACUGGAGAGUUGAUUCUAUUCGACCAGUCAGAAUUUUUUAAACCUGCUUCCCCCUCCACCUAUGGAAUGGACACUGCUGGAUAUAUAUACGUUCCUGCUUCCUGCCAGAGCGGAGCACAAUGCAGACUGCACAUUGUAUUCCAUGGAUGUCUUCAGGCAAGGGAGAAGCUCGGCGAUAAAUACGCCAGAAACACCGGAUACAACCAAGUCGCUGAUCUGAACAACUUCAUCAUCCUCUAUCCUCAGGCCAAAUCUAACAUGUCUAACUUCAAUGGAUGCUGGGACUGGUGGGGAUUCAGCAGUAAAGAAUACGCUAACAAGAAUGGACACGAGAUGGUUGGCGUUGAAAGGAUGAUGCUGAGGACUUUGGGACAGUAUUAAAGUUUUCACAGCAGCGGAGAUGGAAUAGUGGGGUCACCCACCAGUGGACUGACUGUUACAAAUGUCAUGUAAUUUCUUGUAAAUAAUGAAAACAUUCAUGUUAAAUCCUCAUCCCUCCCUUGAUAUUUUGUCUAACGUCAUCCAUUACUGGAGAGACACUUUAGUUGUUGACGGAGUAAGAAGCAUUAAAGAACAAAAUGCUGACUCAGGAUUCUUCAUGAAUAACAACUUGAUAUUUGCCAUCAUAAUCAGAAUUCUUUAUGUUACGAAAGUACAUUCACAAAGUUCUAUAUAAUUUAACUUCUUAAAUAGAGUUUCGAACUAUUGCAAA